UAAUCUUGUACCCAACAUCCUCACCUAAAACACUUGCAUAAUUAAUGAAUGCCCUUUUUGCUCAUUUCCUUUCAUUACAGGUUUUAGUGAUCCUUAUUGUAUGCUCGGAAUAACAUCAAUGAUGGGAUGUCAACCACCACUCUCACCACAACCGCCAAUGACACCUCGAACACUUCCUGAUACCGGCAUGGAUAGUUUAGAGUCUCCGGAUAAUAAGCUUCGGAAACAUGGAAGUUUCCGAUUGAGUUUCAAACGAAAGAAUCAACAUCGUGAUUCAAUGGGACCGAUGCCUGCAAAAAUCAUAAAAGCAACAUCCGUUAAACAGCACACCCUCAGUCCCAAAUGGAAUGAAAAAUUUAAAUUCGAUGUCGAUGACAUCAACACCGACCAAUUACAUCUAGACAUUUGGGAUCAUGAUGAUGAAAGUAGCGUUAUGGAUGCUGUGUCGAGACUGAAUGAGGUCAGGGGCGUUCGUGGCUUGGGGCGGUUUUUUAAACAAGUAUGUCAAUCGGCGAGACAAGGUUCACAAGAUGAUUUUUUAGGAAGCAUAAACAUUCCAAUAUCGGAUAUUCCAUCAACAGGCCUCGAAGGAUGGUUCAAACUUGAAGCCAGAAGUCAUCGUAGUAAUGUUCAAGGUCGAAUUCGUCUGAAGCUUUGGUUGUCAACACGUGACGAUCAUGGACAAUCAGAGGAUGAUGCAUUAGUUGAAAUAAAAAAAUUAGAACGAUGCUAUAUGGUUUUCAUGCAGCACGAAUUGUCUACACAUGAGCCAACAUGGAGUUGGGGUGGAGAUAUUCAAGGUUCAGCAUUAACCAUUUUACAUCAGAUGGCUGUUCAAGCUGAUUUGUCGGAGCUUCAGUGUGCAUUGGCACGUUUUGUUGCUUCAAUCACGCUCAAUAAUAAAACACCACUAGAUCCUAAGUUUAUACACAGAGUCAUGCUUGAACUGGAUCGUUUUUGGAUUCAAGUUGCUAUGGAGCCAUUAGGUCAUGAGGCUGAACAAUGGUUAGCUAAAGCCAUGGUUCGUUUUGUGGAAAUUUCGCUCAAUCAAAUGAGACGACAUCGAGAAAUAUUUCCAGCACUUCAUCCUCCAUCAUUAGUUAGAUUAGAAUUUUUGCUUAGAUGUUUAGGCUUACUCGGAUCAAUGCGCGCUUUUCGACAAGUUUGUCCAUUUAGUAAAGGCGUGCGUGGUGAAAUUGUCAAUUAUUUACGUAAAGGCUCGGUUUUAUGGGCACAAAAUCAACUUAGAGAAUCUGUUCGUCAUGAAAAUCCACUUGUUCACUUUACAUCUACAAUUCUUGCCGAUUUACAGACUGGAUUAACUUACUAUCAUCCUAUUUAUGAUAACACCAAUGGAGUUCAAUAUUUUAGCAUUGUAUACAAGCAGUUUGAUCAAAUUCUUGCGGAUGAAGUUUCGAUGCGAAUGGAAACAGGUCAAAUACCUGGUGCACCAACAAAUCAAUAUGCAGUAUUAGAGGGACGAGAACAAAUUGAUACAAGACCAUUUGAAUUAUAUUUUGCACUACAGGAAUUUUCUAUUUUAAAACAGCAUUUAUCAGUUCAACCUCAGCCACCUGAAAAAGCAUUAGGAAUUCAAAAUUACCAUUUGUGGUUCGAAACAAUCAUUCAACUUUGGAUAGCUGUUUGUAAAAAUAAGGCACUUAGUCGUGUACGGUCGGCUAUUACAAUGGAUGAAAUUUGUGAGGGUGAGAAGAUUGUACGUCAUAGUACAUCGUCCGUUGACAUUGCUAGUGUGAUUUAUCAAAUGAAAGAAUUUUGGCGUCUCCUUCAAUGGCCUGAUCCAAAUUCAGCUAUUCAUUUUGAAUCGCAAAUAUUAGAUGCUGCAUGCUCUACUGCGCUUCAUUAUAGUGAUUUAGUUCAUCAAAAUUUGAUAGAUAGCGGUUAUUAUGAACAACAGGGACCAUUUAGAAUUUCCGAUGAGCUUUGUGUGUCCGUAAAUAAUUUAGAAUAUGUAAGGCGAGCUUUAGCUGAGUUUAAGGGUGACGAUCCCAAUUUGAACAUUAUUCAAAUGCAACAGAGUAUGCGGCCGAUGGAUAAUUUAUUGGAUAAUACACUUCUGCAACUAGAAAGAACGACAGAAAGGAUUAUGAACCGAAUAGCUAUUACAAUGCAAGCACCAAUGCAAAAAUCUGUGUUCCAUUUGGCUUGGUCACCCGACUCCCUGCCAGCAGCUCAAGCAAUCAUUCCAUUAUUAGAAUAUCUUGAUCUUCAUCUAUCAGCUCUUAAUAGUGCCCUACUUACAAAGAAUUUUCAUCGUGCAUUAAAUAUAAUUUGGCUUUUAGUAUUAAAUGAACUCGCAACACAAAUGGAUUCAGCGGGUGGAGAGAAGCCAGCAAAUUUUCAUGAUCGCCUAUAUGAAGCACUUCAAAUGCUCGUUGAUUUCAUUCACGCAGAGGGAUUGGGAUUAACGCAUGAUGUAAUAAAAAAUGAUGAUUAUUGGCGUGUUGAACAGCGCCUUCAAUAUCAUAAGAGCAACACGGAACAGUUAAUUGAUAUAUUUUAUAUGCAACGACUUCAAGAACAAAUACGAUUGCAAAACUCAAAUGAACCUGCACAAUUUGGUAUGUUAUCAGUUCGUGCCUACUUAAAUCAUGAUUCAUUGUGCGUUGAAGUAUUACGUGCACAAAAUGUUAUACCAUUAGAUCCAAACGGCUUUAGUGAUCCCUUUGUAAUCAUUGAACUUUUACCACGACGUUUGUUCCCCCAUUGUACGGAACAACAAACCCAUGUUCAUAAGCGCACCCUCAAUCCAGUAUUCGACGAGUGUUUCGAGUUCGGUACGAUAACACAAGAACUAUGUACACAGGAAUGUGCAAUGAUUGGAUUUACUGUGAUGGAUCAUGACGUCAUAACAGCGAAUGAUUUUGCUGGUGAGGCAUUCUUGUCACUCAACAACAUACCUGGAGUGUCGGAAUGUGGAAGUAUUGAAAAUUUCCAUGGAUUGAAGCAAAUUGAUUUGGUCUUAAUGCAGCAAAAAGAUAAACAUCAUCCAAUCUUCCAAAUACUAGAAACACGUACGACAGAUAAACUAGCACUCGAUUAUGUCCGCAAGCAAAAAGCAAGAGUGACGUGUUAAGUAAGUUUAAGAGUUGUCUACAUUUAAACAACUUACAUUUUCUUCAUAAUUAAAAGAUAAAUCUCUUCCAUGUGCUCUUUGUAUGGAAGUUUAUAUAUUUAAGUAAAAG